GCCCACAAAAGCAGCCAGUCAUCAGAGCUAUGAAAUGGAAGGGCUGGAUGACCAACAAGGAAAUGAACUUGAGAGAAGCAAUGUCCUUCCCCUAGCAAGCCCAUGCAGGAAAAAAAACACAAGCCAAACUCAAACCCAGUUCUUGAAUGCAGCCUCAGUGAAGACAUGACAAGCCCAUUUCUGAGGAAAACUGGCUGGUGAGAAGCAAGGCCACUGUACACCAGAAGCACGCCCACAUGGGGCUUGAAAGAUCAUCCAAGACAUACAAAAAGAUGACAAAAUUUACUUAACGUGAAUAAACAGAUUUAGGUAUAUUUUAGGAAAGAAAAACAUUUGAGGUACUGCCAUCCUGUUAGCAAAACUAAAGAUCAGUUUAUGAUGAAGGCAGGGUAUGGGUGAUGUUUCCAAGUGACUUGAUGCCAAGUUCUGUCCUGGAUGACAUCAUCCUGAAGCUUCAGGGAAGGGCUGCAAGGUCCUUCGAGCGCCUGUGACAUCACACAGGGACCAGUGCUCCGGUGCCACUUGACCACGGCAGCAGCAGCCCAAGCAGUUACCAUGGUGGGUGCUCACACCAUCUGCCACCACCCAUGAUGCACACCAGCACCUCCUCAAGCAGCUCCCCCCAGCUCUUCCAGCAUGGAUGACGCUGCAGUGCUUGAAAAGAAAGGGUAUAGCCUCAGCGACACACUAGGACAAGGCUCGUACAGCAAAGUGAAAUGUGCCUACUGCGAGAGGCUGAAGUGCAAAGUGGCUGUCAAGAUCAUCGACAAGAUGAAAACUCCUGGGGACUUUUGGGAAAGGUUUCUCCCCAGGGAAAUAGAGGCUUUGAGAUGUUUGCAACAUCCAUCAAUCAUCAAAACCUACGAGAUUUUUGAGACAUCAGCUGGGAAAGUGUACAUCGUAAUGGAGCUGGGGGAAAAGGGAGACCUCCUGGACUACAUCAAGAGCACAGGAGCUAUGAGAGAGGACUUUGCUCGCAGGAAGUUUCAGCAGUUGGCUUCUGCCAUCAAGCAUUGCCACGACUCAAACUUUGCUCACAGGGACCUGAAAUGUGAGAACAUCCUUCUUGAUGAUGGCCUCAAUGUCAAGCUGACAGACUUUGGCUUUUCCAAACUCUUGUCUUGGGAUAAAAACGGGAAAAUGAUUCUCAGCAAUACCUUUUGUGGGUCUGCUGCAUAUGCAGCCCCUGAAGUGCUACAGGGCAUUCCCUGUGAUCCCAGGAUUUCUGACAUGUGGAGUCUGGGCGUCAUCCUGUAUAUAAUGGUCUACGCUUUAAUGCCAUUUGAUGAUUCCAACAUCAAGAAAAUGAUUUUUUUUCAGAAACAACACAGGAUUUCCUUCCCCAGCACAAAACACCUGACUGCAGAGUGCAAGGAUCUCAUUAACCGCUUGCUCCAGCCCAAUGUGUCUCAGAGAUUGUGCAUAGACGACGUUUUGAAACACUCAUGGUUGCAGACUCCAAAUGCCACUGUCGAGUCCCCUCUGUGCUCCAGAAAGGGUGAGUGUUCCCACAACCCACAUGAAGGAAAGCCAAAGCAUCAAGCCAAAUGCCAUUAAGCAAAAGGGAAAAGAGAGAAGAAAUAGGAUCCUCCUAAGGAUGGCUGGUUUUAACAGUAUCACGAAGUCGACCUAACUUGUGAACUGCUGAUUCUCCACUUUAGCUUCUGCUUCAGCAACAGUCCUCACCUCUUACUUUACAAAUAGUAAUAGAAGACACUGUACAUCUGCUGAGGUGAAUAAACAGCUUAACGCUUUUGUUCUCAA